CUUGUUCUCGUUUUCAAAUCAAAUGUCACAUUGACUCAAAUCCGGUGUUGGAAGCAUGUGGGGAACUGCAGCACAUCAGCCCGACGCAAUGUAUCCAUCAAACUGGAAGGAAGCCCAAAACCAAAACUCCACUGGCCAAAAUGCAUCCUCUGCAGAAACCCCAAGUACCUCCUAAGCCUGUCCAUCUCAAACCUGGGCAGGAAAGAAUUCCUCCUGCACCUUCUCGGCCUUUGCCAGCUGAUCCCAAGUCAUCAAGGAGCGUAGCACCUGGAGAAGAAGAAAUACCCAUAUCAGCAGGAGUCAACACGCUCAUUGAGAGAUUUGAAAGUAUUAGGCAACCUGUACAUAUUCUUCAAAGAAACCAGCUCAAUUUAUCUCUUAAGAUGGACCCUGGCCUGGACUCACCCAAACAGCCAAGCUUAUGUGACUGUGACAUGGUGGCUUCCAGCAGUUCUUCAAAUGAGAAAAGUGAACCAGAUGAGAACGAGCCAGACGCCCCGUGCAGUGCAGAUCUGUCCAACACAGACAUCAUGAAAAUUAAAGAGCUAAGUAUAAGUGAUAACAAAAGCUGUGAAGACUGUACUGCUGUGACAGUGAGCAAAGAGACCUCUGCAGAGCUUGGCAAUAAAGACUCAACUGCAGAAUUGAAUGGUAAUGGUAAAAUUCCCAACAGAGACAGUGGCAUUGACAGUCCUUCUUGUAGUGUGGCAGGGGAAACCUUCCCCAGCGAAGAAGGUGCAGAGCAGAAAAAGCCUAGCAUGGCUGGGAACCCAGGGGAGAUGGAAUCUGACAAAAAGAGCAUCAAACCUUCCUCUGCGGAGCAGAAGAGAGACUCCACACAGGAGGAAGACAGUGACAUUGAUGAAGGAAGCAGCGAGGAGCAAGAGACAGUAGAAGUCCCAAAGUUAGAGUAUUUGGAUAUAAACAAGUGUACAGAGCCCCAAAAGCUAUUCAAUAUCGCAAAUGAACUGCUCCAUACAGAAGAAGCAUAUGUUAAAAGACUCCAUCUGUUGGACCAGGUUUUUUGCACUAAGUUGUCAGAAGCAGGUAUUUCAUCUGAAGUGAUCACGGGCAUCUUUUCAAAUAUUUCUUCCAUCUAUUGUUUCCAUGGACAAUUUCUUCUUCCUGAGCUCAAAACAAGAAUUACACAAGAAUGGAGUGUCAACCCACGGCUUGGAGAUAUCCUACAGAAACUUGCUCCUUUUCUGAAGAUGUAUGGAGAAUAUGUAAAGAACUUUGACAGGGCAAUGGACAUGGUGAACACAUGUAUGCAGAGGUCCUCUCCAUUUAAAGAUGUCGUUCAGAACAUACAGAAACAGGAGGUGUGUGGAAACCUGACAUUACAACAUCACAUGCUUGAACCAGUGCAAAGAAUUCCUCGUUAUGAGCUUCUCCUAAAGGACUAUUUAAAGAAACUUCCAGAAGAGUCUCCAGAUAGGAAAGAUGCUGAAAAGUCACUAGAGCUCAUAUCUACAGCAGCAAACCAUUCGAAUGCAGCCAUCCGAAAGAUGGAAAAGAUGCACAAGCUUUUGGAAGUCUAUGAGCGACUUGGUGGUGAAGAAGAUAUUGUUAACCCAGCCAAUGAGCUCAUUAAAGAAGGACACAUUCAGAAACUCUCUGCAAAGAAUGGCACAGCCCAGGAUAGGUAUUUAUUCCUGUUUAACAGCAUGGUGCUAUACUGUGUGCCAAAACUGAGGCUGAUAGGCCAGAAGUUCAGUGUUCGGGAGAAGAUGGACAUUGCAGGACUGCAGGUCCAAGAAAUAGUGAAGCAAAACGUGGCUCAUACAUUUUCGAUAACAGGAAAAAAGAGAUUGUUGGAACUACAGGCAAGGACAGAAGAGGAGAAGAGAGAAUGGAUUCAGGUCAUUCAAGCAACAAUUGAAAAGCACAAACAGAACAGUGAGACAUUUAGAGCUUUCAAUAGCUCUUUUUCUCAAGAGGAGGAGCAUCUUCCUGAUUCCUCACUACCUCCGUGUACUGGUGUAUCAGUUUGCCAGUUCCUCCUUACCAAUGGGCGUGAUUCCUGUAGGAAAUCUUCCAAAUCCAAGCGAGACAAGGAGAAACAGGCUUGCAAGAGCUGCAGCGAAAGCUUCAACUCCAUCACUAAAAGGCGGCACCACUGUAAGCAGUGUGGGGCA